AUGUCAUUUCCCUGGAGCCUGUUAAAGCCAUUGUGUAUCUUAAGUACUCCUCCUCAGGAUAACAGGUGUAAAAUGAAGAUGAGGUGUGUUGAGUGUAUUAGGGCAACGUCCUGGCGAUCCGGUUUUUGUGUGAGAACUGAGGCGGUGUGCCGGAGGAUCGCAUACUUUCCUGUAGGCGUUGAUAUCUCCGGAGGAUGGUCGACAAUGCGGAGCUCACCCCCGCGACCAAUCGGCUCAUUGAUCCUAUCUCGCGGAGUACUCCACGAAAAUCGAUACAUUGCCAGCGAUUCCAUCGCCAUUUCCAGGAAGCCGGUACUUUCCCGAUUGUCUGCAUCCGUGACGUCGCGGUUAUUGAAUGAGUCGCAGGCGAUCGAUGAUAUAGCUGAAGAAAGAAAUUCUAUAAGAAAAAAACGAUAUGGCACAUUGGCAACAUCCCACACUGGCAAGAAGGGGAAUUCACUUUAAACUAAGACGAAUCACCGAGAAAGGAAAUAACACGAAGCAAUAAUAUUUGUCUUUUGGCUUUUAAAUCUAUCCCAUGUUGGAGGAUUAUUCAAUUUUUAUUGCCCAAUCGAAAGAUUAA